AGCCCCAUAUCGAAGCCAAAGCCCGUCUGGAAACAGUUUGUAAGGGGUAGUUAAUGAAGAUUAAGCCGAAACAAAAUAUCGUUUUUAGCUACUUUAAAUUGACCUUUCAAGGCUCCAGUUUUGAUUACUGGGCAUACAAAGCUUCAUUUCAGACCAUGGUCACAAAAUAAAAUUGUACAAGGACGUUUUCGAGAAGAUUUUAAGCUGUAUGUGUCGAUUGUUGGUGUACAGGAAUUAGCAAGCUAACGUUACUUAGCACUAGCCUACAAAUAUUAGCUAGCUAACUAGCGUAGCUUGCUAACGUUAGCUUCAAGUUGUCUGAUUUUCAACUGAGAUGGUUGCAGUAUUUCUUGGAUGUCUACGGACGGCAGAUUGCUGAACCAGAGGGCCUCAAAUGGGAAAAACAAGCAUCGGACAGGAAUAUCUGGGAUAAGCUUGUCGACGUAACUCAGAUUCUGUUGAAGGAUUCUUUGGACUUCCCUACUGCAGCCCUUUUUUUAAGCAGGAUUUUAACGCCACCCAUCCGCAGACAGCCAUGGAAUCGUCUCAAUGCACCCCUUGUCCUGUGAGCGCCCAGGCUGUCGUGGAUCCCGUGCCCCUGCUGUUCAACUGACGGUCGAUGACGAUGCGAUGGAAGCGUGAAUGAGGUUUGGCGUGGCGAUAGCUGAACGAUGCCCAAGGGUGGGGGUUCAAAAACCCCCCAGCUGGAAGACUUCCCACUCAACACUGACAUGGUGGAGAAGCAGAGUGGGAAGAAGGAUAAAGUAUUGUCAAACAAGACUCCUAAAUUGGACCGCAGCGAUGGCGUCAAAGAGAUGAAAGAGAAGGCAUCCAAGAGGAAGCUUCCCUUCACUGUUGGAGCCAAUGGAGACCAGAAAGAUUCUGACUCAGAAAAGCAAGGUCCGGAACGGAAGCGCAUUAAAAAGGAGCCCACCAACACCAGGAAGUCAGGCCUGCCGUUUGGGAUGGGCAUGCCAGGGAUCCGGGCCGGGUACCCCCUCUCUGAGCGGCAGCAGGUGGCUCUUCUCAUGCAGAUGACGGCUGAAGAGUCAGUCAACAGUCCAGACACAACACCAAAGCAUCAGUCACAGUCAAGUCUGGGCCAGAAGGGAACGCCAAACUCUGCAUCUAAAACCAAAGACAAAGUAAACAAGAGAAAUGAGAGGGGCGAGACGAGGCUGCACCGGUCAGCCAUCCGCGGAGAGGCACGCCGCAUCAAGGAGCUCAUCAGUGAGGGAGCUGACGUGAAUGUAAAAGACUUUGCAGGCUGGACUGCACUGCAUGAAGCAUGCAACCGAGGCUACUACGACGUGGCCAAGCAGCUGCUGGCAGCCGGUGCAGAGGUCAACACCAAGGGCCUGGACGAUGACACCCCUCUGCAUGACGCAUCAAACAACGGGCACUUCAAGGUGGUAAAGUUGCUUUUAAGGUAUGGAGGGGACCCUCGACAAAGCAACAGAAGGGGUGAAACCGCGUUGAAGGUUGCUAACUCCCCAACGAUGCUCAAUCUGUUGCUUGGAAAAGGCACGUAUACCUCCAGUGAGGAGAGCUCGUCAGAAUCCUCAGAGGAAGAAGAUGCCCCAUCGUUUGCCCCAUCCAGUUCUGUUGAUGGCAAUAACACAGACUCAGAGUUUGAGAAGGGCCUGAAGCUGAAAGGGAAGAAAGGGCUGGAUCAGCCCCUGUCCACAACAACUACCCCCGUCAAGGACGAGUAUGAGUUUGACGAGGAUGAUGAGGAAGAGCGCGUCCCUCCGGUGGACGACAAGCACUUGCUCAAGAAAGAGUUCCGCAAGGAGUCUCCCAGUGUCACUAAGGCUAGCGGCUUAAUUUCAGUACCGAAGGGGGAGGUGGUCAAAACCUAUUCCAAAAGCAACUCGCUCACACCAAAGAAGGCUGUUAGACGGAUUCUCUCUGACAGCUCAGACGAGGAUGGUGGGACGUUGUGUUUCACACCUAUGCCCACACCACGGCAACCAGCGCCACCUACUAAUACCAAGGCCCGGGACUCUGCUACACUGAGCUCUAAACAGCAGAAAGAGAAGACUAAAGUUAAGAAGAAGAGGAAGAAGGAAACAAAAAAUAAUGUCAGUAAGGAGGUCAGAUUUGGUAAAGUCAAUGACAAAUUCUGCACUUCUGACUCUGAUUGUGGGGACAUAGGGAGUGAGGAUGAUGAAUGCUCUAUGAAGAGCUCGAACUGUAUAAAGGACUCCACAAUGAGCCUAAAAGAAUCCUCUGUGUUCAGUACUCACUCUGCAUCCUCUUCCUCCUCUUCUCAUGGAAGCAUGAGCUCUCAGAAACUGACACCCUCGUUGACAGAGCAUAACCCAAAACAGUGGAGAACAGACGGCUGGAAGACUGUAUCAUCUCCUGUGUGGUCAGAUGUAAGCUCCCUCUCUGACUCGGUUAGAACAAGGCUUUCCAGUGAGUCGGACUACUCCUCUGCAGACUCAAGUGUCGAGUCAGUGAAACAGGUGAGAAAGAAAGCACAGGAAAACAGAAAGAAAAACAAUGUGCACACCAAUGCACUAGACAAAAAGAACUCUGACUUUCACAAGAACUCCAACACAGACAGUACGGUCUCCAAAACGGAUAAAGAUGGCAAAGUGUUGAAAAAGCAUAAAGUAAAACACAAGCACAAAAACAAAGAGAAAGAAAAGGCUCCCAGUUUAGUGCUCAAUCAAGACAUGAACGAGAAAUUUGUUAAAAGCUUCUCAUUUGAUUUUGAUGAUUCAAGGCAGAAGUCACUCCUUGUUGAGACUGAGUCCCCAGCUGAAAGCAAGGUCAAGCUGUCUAAACAUGAAAAGGAGCAUUUGAAAAAGGAGGACAGGUUGUCGAAGGGCAAAUCUGAGGACAGAGACUGGUCUUCUGGAAAAGAAGUGCAAAGAACUGCUAAGGAGGAGAAAUCCAAGAAAACAAAAGAGUCCACCAAGGAGAAGCCUAGCAAGGAGGAGAGGGAAAAGCCCUUGAAAACUGAAAAAGAAAGGAGCCUCAAGGAAAAAGAGAAGCCCAAGGAGGAGAAACAACAAAAGACUCAUAAAGAGGAGAAGAAGAAAAAGUCAAAGGACAAGACAUCUAAACCAGACAGGAAGAGCAGUGAGCAAAAAGAAGAAAAACAUAUAAAGGUGGAUAAGGAGAAAAAUGCCAGGGAGGAGAAGGAAAAAUCUAAGAAAGAAAAGGUUCAGAAGGAAGAUCCUGAUUAUGAAGUCUAUGAUGUCAGUAACCGUUUCUUAAACCUAGAAGACACCAAGCUCAGUGCCUCAGACGACCACCAUGACCGAUGGGCGUCAGACCUUUCCUCUGACUGCGACCUAUAUGGAGAUGACAGCUGGGAUGCUCCUCCUGUGAAGGACUACAAAGAAUAUAAAGCAAACAACACUGUAAAGCUGAUCGUUGAAACUGAAAAAAUUGAGAGCAGAGACCGGAGGAAGGAGAACAAAAUCAAAGACAAGAAACUAGAUCAUAAUGACAAACGGUCAGAGAAAGAGCCUACCUCCAAGAAGAAAGAGAAAGACUCUUCAGAAAGAAUCUGUGACAAGAAAAAGGAUUUGACCGAAAAACAGAAACUCAACUCCAGCCACUCUGUAGAAAAGGAGAAGAAGCGAAAGGAAUCUGCAGAUACUGUCAAAGAGAAGAAAGAGAAGGACUCCACGGACAGCAGCAGAGACCGAAAAGAUUCAUAUGAAUUCACUAAAGAAAGAAAGGACUUGAAAAUCAAACAGGAGUCCAUAAGAGACGAUUAUGGGAACGAUGCCUCCUUCAAAGAAAUUGAAACUGUCAGCAAACCAUGUGAAAUUAGAGAAAGGAACCACUCUGGAAAAGAGAAGGAGAAAAAGGGAGAUGGAGUGGAAAAGAGAGAAAAGACAAAAGCUGACAAACACAAGGAAAAGCCUAAAGACCGAUCCAUAGAACAGGAUAAGGAGAAGCCUGAGAGGACCUCAACUGAGAAGCUUUUGAAGGAAAAAGACACAGAUAGAGGCUCUAAAGACAAGAAGGAGGGCGCUAAAGACAAACACAAAGACACACACAGCAAAGACAAGGAAAGGAAGAUGUCUUCAGAACAAACUAAGGACAAGAAAGAAAAGGCUUCACAGGACAAGCAUGCUGACCGGGAUAAAGAUCUCCUUGAGGUGAAGAAGGAGGAGCGAAAACCUGAGAAAGUUAAACCUGAGAAAACAUGGUACAAGAUCGCAGACAUUUUCACAGAUGAAAGUGAGGAUGAAGAAGACAAUUACAAUGGGGGUGUGGCCAAGUUAAGUGAUUCCCUUGGGUUGUCCGAUUCUCACAGGAAAGACUCCACACCUGACAGGGAUGAGCUUGAUCACUUCCAAAUGGAAAAAAACAGAAAAUAUUCUGCUGAGGCCAAACACACAACAGAAAAACAGAAAGAAAAAGACCACAAGAAAAAAGACAAGACCACAUUUGAUAUGGGGAAAGAGAGGAAGGGUUCCUUAGAGAAACACAACAAAGAUAAGAAAGUAAAGGAUUCUGUUGAUGCAAAACACAAAGAACGCAAAGACAGAAUGUCUGUGGACUCAAACCAAGAGAAGAAAAACAAGCAGAAGCUGUUGGACAAGAGGGAAGCCAGUGAGGAAAAGACCAAGAGUAAAUAUAAAGACAAGCAAGAUCAUGUUAACGACAGAAAGCCCUCAAAGGGGAGUGGGGAAAAUGAGAAGUCGCUCUUGGAGAAACUGGAAGAAGAGGCCAUGAAUGACUACAAGGAUGACUCCAAUGAUAAGAACAGUGAGUUAUCCUCAGACAGCUUCACUGAUCAGGGUCAUGAGCCAGUGCUCAGCAGCUACUAUGAUUCCUCCAACAUCAGCCUGCCAGACAUUACUGAUGAGAGACGAGACUCACUCUCCAUAUCUAAUCCUCAAGACAAGUUCAGAGAGAAAGAGAGGCACCGGCAUUCAUCUUCAUCAUCCUCCAAAAAGAGUCAUGACAAGGAGAAGGACAAAGUCAAGAAGGAAAAGGGGGAUAAACAAGACAAGAUAGAGGAAAUAAGAGAAUCCUAUGGACGCAGAGAAAGUCUGCCCUUCGAGAAAGAGCCUAUGCCGUUAGAAGCGGACCCUUACACAUUUCCAUUUGGGUCUAAGGGUGAUAAAGAUGAUUUUGAGAAGACAUUGGAGUUUGAAAAGGAGAUGUCUAAAAAAGCUGACAAGGACAAAUUGAGUACUGUCAUCAGUGAUAAGAUCAAGGACAAAAAGAAAAAAGAGAAACAUAAGGAGAAAGUCAAAGAGGAGAAGCACAAGUACACGGAUGGCUUUGGAUCACUUAAACACUCCAAGGAGGAUAUCAAAUGUGGAUUGAAAGAGAGCCCUCAAAUUACCAAUCUGAAGGAAAGAUCAAAGGAAGACAGUCCCAAAUUUGAUGUGAAAAAAGAGAGAAACCGAGACUCUUUGGACAAAGACAGUAGGGCGGACCAUGUUAAGUCCAAGGUGAAAGAAGAAAAUGAAAAAGUAAUUCAAUCUAAAGACACAGCUCGCAAAGACAACCGUCCACGUUCAAAGCUUCUGGUUGAUGGAGAUCUCAAACUAACCAGCUUUGGGCAAAUGUUAGGUUUAAAAGACCAGGAGAUUGAAGAACGCCAUAAGAAGCAUAAGGAGAGGAUGAAGCAGAUGGAGAAACUAAGACACAGAUCAGGGGAUCCCAAACUUAGGGAUAAAACGAAGUCCACUGAGGAAAUAAAGAAAAAUCGCAAUGAACUAUCAUCCAAAAAAUCGAAUAGUUUAGAAUCUGCAUUGAAAGAGAAGAAGCUCAAAGAUGUUGGUCUCCCAGCCCAAAUUAUGUCUCCGGAAAGAAAGCCACAACCCAUUGACACUCAAAAUUCAAAGGACUGGCUUGGAGGCCAUCAGAUGAAAGAGAAUCUCCCUGCCUCACCUAGGCAAGAUCAGAAUAGACCAACGGGUGUUCCCACCCCCACAUCUGUAAUCUCUUGUCCCAGCUAUGAGGAAAUCAUGCAGACGCCACGGACUCCAUCCUGCAGUGCAGAGGACUACCCUGAUAUAAUGUUUGAUGGGUUAGAUUGUCAGAACUCAUCAGCCAUGGCCAUGUCUAUGAAUGCCUGCUCCCCAUCCUUCUUUGACAGGUACUCCAACUCAUCACACACCUUCCAAGAAGGGACUUGUGUAACUCCGGCUAAGAAUCUCCAGUUGCCCCUUGUCAGUCGAUCGGCUUCGUCUGAUGUCAGAAGACCCCUGGAAGAUGAGUUCAAAGCUGAAGCUGGCAAGUUUCUACAACACAUUUUGCCAGACGCCUCUGAGUUUGACUUGGCAGCCUCCCAGCCUCCAGAAGACAAGGCAGCAUCAGUGGAGAGACUUGAAUGCCUGUCUCCUCCUUACUUCUCACCUAUUAGAAUGCUGUCUCCCGGGCUGGAACUUGCCCAGCCUGCACUAGAUGGGGCCACCACAGCAAUGGCUGGCACAGAGUCCUGUGAACACCUACCUGAGAGUGUCUACAAUAACUUCCUGAUGAAGCCCUCAACACCAGUCCACAGACCUGACCCCCAGGAGCCGUGUCUGGACAUUGCUGCUCCACCCACCCCUGCACCUGCUGCUCUUCCUCCCUUGGAUAUUGAUGACCUUUCUGAGCCUCAUCAAAGUGAGCCCAGUCUUGUUCCAUCUGACCCAGUCAGUGGCAGUGAGUAUCUGCCCCCUGUUGUUGAGGAAGAGGAGGAGGAGGAGGAGGAAGAAGAGGAUUACGAAGAGGAGGAGGAGGAAGACGAAGAAGAGGAGGAAGGGGAUCUUGAAGAACCAACAGAUGCUGAUCAUCAUGCUGCUGAGGAGACGAGGGAUGUCUGCUCAUUCUCUCCUCCAAGGGUUGAAGAGCCUUUGAGGAAGAGCUGGGCUGAAUCUCCUGAGAGAAGGGUUGCAGAGGUGCAUCAGUUGACUCCCCCACAUCCACCACCCAACCUGGUGGAGAACUCCAGUGAUCAUACCAUCAGCUGGAACUCUGAGAUGAUCUUGAAAUCUCCUCAAAGGACUUAUGGGGAAAUAGAGGCAGCUGUCUCCAAGAUAACCAGCCCCUUCUCGCAUUCAGACAGUGAUUUGCAGCACAUUACUGCCAUACCUGGCCAUCCAUCAGUGACCCCUCCAUAUGCUGCUUACAGGUCUUAUGUACCUGACCCUGACUUUGACGAGCAAAAAGAGGCUGUGGAGGACAUUCCAAUUUCUCCAGCAAGACCUGAAAUGACACCCAUGGAAAUGGAACCAAACUACUUGACAACCACCUCAUCCUCCACAAGGUUAGAGUCUUUCUUCACAGACUGCAAGCCAAACUUGGAGGAUAAUCACCAGAUGGACUCAGAGCUUUCUUGUGCAGUACAAGACAGCAGACACAACUCCCAUGGCUUUAUUUCUGAGAGCCAUAUGCCUCUAGCAGUAAGCAACGAGCCAGUGGUGCCCUGGACAGACCCGUUCUCAGCUACAGUGGAUGAGCUGGAUGAUCUUGGCCCUUUCUCUCUACCUGACCUCCCUUCUCUCUCCCUCCCAACCUCUCUGCCAGACAAAGAGAUGCCAGAGCUUGAUGUCAGAGAUGCAGAGCCUGCCGACUACAAGCCUCCACCUGCUCAUAUAAGGCCUCCUGCUAUUGAAACAAUAGCGGGCGAAGAGCUUAUGGAAGUUGACCUGCCUAUCCUGGCCAAACCCCUGUGCCCUGCCGCGGUCCUACCACUCAAUGAUUCUUUGCAGGAUUUGGUUGUGCCCUCACCAAAACACAAUUUCCAACCAGAAUUUGAGUCUGAACCUCAGAAUGUCCCUGAAAAUAACUUUGUGAAACCACAGGUCUUCGAAAACAGAGCCACAUAUGAAGAGACUGAUGAGAGCGAUGGAAACAUGAUGUUCUCAGCUGUUGAUACAAACAAUACUCAGCAUCACAGGCAGAUGUCACUGACCGAGUCUUUAUCAGUUGUAAUUACUCCAUGUAUGGACUCCUUGACAACUGUUAAACCAGAACAAAGUGGGCAGAUAUCAGAUCCCUUUGUUGGGCCAACUUGCAGUCCAGUCCCCUCAGUUCCUCUGCCAGUUGCUGUCACGAUUUCAGGCACAGUCCAUGUUUCGGAGGCUCUUGAGACAACGUCUAAGCUCACGGUCACUCUGACAACAUUGUCAACUGACCUUCCCAAGAAGGUGGAGGAGAUCCCACAGAGGAUGACCAGAAACAGAGCCCAGAUGCUGGCAAAACAGGAGAAUACUACCACCACCACCACAAAAAAGCAGAGUAGUAGAGUAGUAGCAGAGAGUACAACCACCACCACUAUACCUGCUAGUGUGAUACUUCCACCUGUCCCUACCCCUGUCACCAUGAGCAUGGCUGUAACCACAACCACCCCUAUUCCCACCCCUACCUUUGCCCCCUUUGUUGUUCUGGAGAAAGAAAAGGAACUUGUCACCACCAUCUCCACCACACCAACCAUUACCCCGGCUCCCCCGCCGCCGCCUCCUGUAGUGGUCAGCAAAACUAAAGGGCGGCCUGUGGAGGAAGAGGAAUCCCAGACGCAGCAUCCACGCAAGAGGAAGUUCCCGAAACCGCAGGUUCAGCUGGUCAACACAGCCAUGCAGCAGACCAGGGAGAUGAUUCAACAGACGCUGGCUGUCAUUGUCAACGCCAUCAAACUGGAUGACAUAGAACCCUACCACAGUGACCGCUCCAACCCUUACUUCGAAUACCUGCAGAUACGGAAGAAAAUAGAGGAGAAGAGGAAGAUCUUGUGCUACAUCACACCACAGGCCCCUCAGUGCUACGCUGAGUACGUGACCUAUACAGGCUCCUACCUGCUGGAUGGCAAGCCUCUCAGCAAGCUGCACAUCCCAGUGAUUGCUCCACCUCCAUCGUUAUCGGAGCCCCUGAAGGAGCUCUUUCGACAGCAGGAGGCAGUGAGGGGGAAGCUGAGACUGCAGCACAGCAUAGAGAGGGAAAAGCUUAUUGUCUCGUGUGAGCAAGAAGUACUGCGGGUCCAUUGCAGAGCGGCAAGGACGAUAGCCAAUCAGGCCGUCCCAUUCAGUGCCUGCACAAUGUUACUGGACUCUGAGGUGUACAACAUGCCAACAGAGAGUCAGGUGCGUCUGUGGGUGGUAAAAAAGGGUGAUGAGAACAAGUCAGUGAGAGAUCGCUUCAACGCUCGCCAGUUCAUUUCCUGGAUCCAGGAUGUGGAUGACAAAUAUGACCGCAUGAAGACGUGUCUGUUAAUGCGGCAGCAGCAUGAGGCAGCUGCCCUGAACGCAGUGCAGAGGAUGGAGUGGCAACUGAAGGUGCAGGAGCUGGACCCUGCUGUACACAAGUCUCUGUGCGUCAACGAGGUCCCCUCCUUCUACGUGCCAAUGGUUGACGUCAACGAUGACUUUGUGCUGUUGCCCGCGUGACAGAAACAUGCACUCGUUCACAGAGUUAGAGGUCAAAUAUCAUCACUUUUCAAAGAGACAUCAAACAGAACGUAUGGUAAGGGCUAGCCGGUUUGAAGAGGAAUAAAACCUAUAUAUUAUAUAGAAAAAAUUCAAAGAAAAAAAAACUUGCUAAUGAUUCCCUUCCAUGAGAGGAGGAAGCAUCUUUUUACCGGGGAAAAACACAACUUGCACUUUCAUCCCUCAAGUUUUUAUGCUUUUGUUCAGAAUAUAAAAAGCAAAAACGGCUUUGCUUUGAAGCACCCAACACCACCUCCCUUUUAGGUGAUGUUUGGACAGAGAAUAGGGGAGAAAUAUUUUUCUGAAUUUUUUGGUCCCCGUAAAUGAAACCACAAAGGAACGCUGGAGAGGAGCCUUCCCACCAUUCUGGAUCAUCUCUGGUGGAUGGGGAUGAGGCACCACAGUGGACACAAAGCUCCAGGUGAGCCUUAAAGAGGAGAAAGCAGCACAUGGCCAGAAGGGCAUGCAUGCGCGAUGUGGUGGUGCAACAUGUGGCAUCUGCGGGACCUCCAGCCUCUUCCUGUUGAAAGGACAGGAGAGUCUGUGUGGACGCUGUCUCUCUGGUCGGGACCAUAAGGCCACACUCAGUCAGAGAGCCUCAGUCCUCUCUGUCCACAGCCCACCACCACACCCGGUAGAACCAGCAUCCUGCCCCGGAGCAGAGCAGAGUACAGCCAUGGGUCCAUAGAGUGUGUCAGGGGGUUAAUGUCGGAGGGGCAGACACGGCAUCUUCCGCCUCAUGGCCUGGGCAGAGGAGUGAGGCAGAGAAUGGGGAUGAACCGGAGCAUCCCCACCAGAGUCUGGUCACCUGGCUCUGCAUGCAGGAAGAACCAGCCUCUGACACUCUGCCAAGCUAGGUAGAACACACACACACCUGUUCACCUGCAACUAUGACUGCAAAUGGAAAAACAGGACAAAAGAAUAAUACAAGAAUGUUGCGAUUCAAAGAUUCAAGACUAAACUGAUGGUGGUUUAGAGGAGAAUAUUCUUCUUUUUGUCUGUUUCUUUACUUGGGCAUUUAAUUGUUUCUGAGGAAGUGACUUGAAACACUACAGAGCCAAUAUUAGUUUAAUGGGAAAAAAGAAAACUGAAAAAAAAAAUUGUAUUCCGUAAAUGAUGUACAGUUUUUAUAUUCGUUAACCAAUGUAUUCUUGCUGCCUUCUAGAUAAUUUAUUUUGCCACACAUUACUGCACAGUUGUAAAUAACGUAUGUACUGUAACAUCACUCAGUUAAGUGUAAAAAAAUAAAUGAAUAAAAAUUAUCUUUGUAUGUACAGUUCACUUUCGGGCAGCACUUUCCCCCUCAUACCCAUGGGCCAAAAUGUGUACACGUUGUCAGUAUUUUAAAGACUCCAGUGCACAGUUGUAAUGUUCCCAUCUAUAGAUUCUGUCCAGGGCUGGUCAAAAUGAGUUACCUGUGUUGGAAUCACCACAACGUACAUAGGUAGUACAAAACCCCACCGUUUUGAACAAUGCCCAAAUUAAGGGCCACAACUAUAGUCCUCAGAUGUAGCAAAAUGGUUAUAAAAUGAUUUAAAGAAUAGAAUAGUUAUAUUAGUCAUUGCUUUAUUACACAAUUAUAUCUGAAAAAAAUCUAAACCAAGAAAAUGCCUUUUUACAGUGAAUAUUUUUAAUUUACUCAGUGUUGGGCAAUUCAAACAAGGGUUCAUCUGGAUUGGUCAAGAAAGAAAUGCCACUAACAAGAAAAAGCAUCACAUUCAUUUAUAAUUCUGGAUGGGAUUUUCUUUUUGCCUUUUUCUUUCUUUAAUCUACCCAUUAUUUUGACUUUAAUUGUAUGUGUGGGUCUUUAUGAAUAAUAUUCAUCAUGUUAGAGAAUUUUCAGGCCACAAGACUAGGGAUCUGAUAGCCAGCUGAAUAUUUUAAAUCCUUAACUUCCCUUUUUGAAUGUCACUGUCAUAGGCAUCAUAUACGGGUUAACCGUUUUUCAGGCCGCAUCAGAUUGACAUGAAUGUUCCUGAUCUCUUCUGUAUACCACCUAAACUACUCCUUUUUAGCAAAGAUACAGGCCAGAUUCCAUAUUGGUUUUAAAAAUGUAUUCUUGCUUUAAUUAUGGAAUGUGUUAGCUUCCAAACUCCCUGGGUCCAUACUUGUGAACAUAAGAUAUAUUUUUUUAAGGUAAAAAAAAUUCUGUCUCAAAAUGCACAUCAGCCAAUUCAAAUCGUUGACAUAGUUGCAUGUGAUAAAAUGCUACAUGUUAGCUGUUCCCAUUACAUAACCUGACACACAUAGCCCUAUGCUAACCUGACCCGACGGCAGUGAUUGUCGGGUUACAAAUUCUGCAUCAGUCAAUUUCAAAUCUUGACUUAAGAUGGACAUAAUAGAACCCUUUUCCAUGAGAGCAUCCUUAACAGAAGUCAACCGGCACCAUCUGCUAAUCAAAGUUAUAAAAACACACAUGAAGUUUCAACUGGACCAAUAGCUCAAUGUAGCGAGCCUGGCUCCUGGUCAUUCUUUCCAUUUGCAACUGUCUGCCACUUCUCAGAAUGGUGCUUGUUGAACCUCUAAAAGCCUUUGGAGGUAGGUGGGGUGGGGGUUCUCCUAAGCUGACAUAUGGAAUUGUUUUAAUAUGGUCAUACCAUGGAUCAUUUAGCUAUUUGAUUUAGAAUUUUAGGACCCCUCUAGGUAUGAAAAAAUAUACACAUUUUUGGGGAUAAAAUUGUGAAUUUUGGCUUUACUACUAUAGCCCAUAGAAACAAAUUGAAUAACACAUUCAUAAAUGGAAAAACAGACAGUUCAAAAAAUGUAAUCAUAAGGAAUAAGGUUUUGAAGUGUCUGUCCUAUAUCUAGGAGAUCAGGAAAUGUGUAUAUAUAUAUAUUUGGACACAUAUUUAACCCCUUUUUCUGGCACAAAACUACCUCCAUACUUCCUUUCAUUUGUUUUAAAACCGGUACCAGGGUUAUAUGUCCCGUGACAGUUGUGGGGGUCAUAGAGCAAAACCAAAACCCCAUUGUGUUCUUGAUAGUCUCAUCUUUCCAUAGAAUGGUCAUAUUAGUUAGUAGGCCAACCGUUUGGACGCUAUAGACAGUUUCGUGAGAAGACUGAUUUUCAAAAUGUCUCCUGGUCUGACAAACAGUGCUGUAGCUCUGCCACUUUCCACCGCAGAUGCGGAAGGCCAACAUGGGCGGAUGCAGUGGAUUGACAUGCAUCCCAUGCAAAACAACAUAUCUCAAACUUAAACUGACAGAUUUUUAUGGUGAUUUUUUUUUAAUGUUAAUUAGAUUGUCGCACAGGUACGUCAAUAGACUUAAGGAUUUGAAUAAAGUUUAGAUCAAAGCGGAGUCAAUGUCUCGCAAGAUCACUUAAUGAUUAAUUAGUAUUCUACAUAGGCCUAACAUACUGAAUAUAAUAGCAUAGUAUAACUCUACUGUUAGACCAAAAUCACCACUUAUUUUCUUAUGUAGGCUACAACAUUUUAUAUGCAUUAUAAGAAUCAUCCACUUGGUCACAAAUUGAUUAUUUGAGUCGAGCUUUGAGGACCACUGGUGAAGUGAUUUCCUUAAAGGGGCAGUGCAGUUAAACAUCACUUUCCUGUGUUUUAUAUAUAUUUCCACACUGAGGUUGAAAUAAUACGGAUAUGAAAAUUUUGAUAAUGCACUUUAGGUGUAAGAGCUGCUUGAAAUUUCAGCUUGUUUAGCUGGGUGGGGUUUUUGGACUGCCUGGUGACAUCACCAAGCAGUAUAAGUUUAAUAGGCCAAUAAUUUAGUUUUCAGGUUACACAUCCCUCCCAUUAGGUUCCUCCAAUUAGGCCCCUCUGACCACUCCCAGACAGUCCUAGCAAAGUUCUUGCUGGAGAAGCAACUUUUUUUUUUAGAAGCUACUGUAUUUUUGACAAUUUUAAUUGAAAACAAUCAAAGUAAGGUACUUAAUUGUUACCUAGAUAUUGAGAUAAAAAUAUUGGCAUUGGACCUUUAACAAAAAAGCUUGACAUGAAGGGGCCUCUAACCGCCUUAGCGGCAUAUGACUCCUCGCAGCGAUGGUAAUAGGGGUACAUGACGGCUAUUUGACUAUAUGACUCCUCGCAGCGAUGGUAAUAGGGGUACAUGACGGCUAUUUGACUAUAUGACUCCUCGCAGCGAUGGUAAUAGGGGUACAUGACGGCUAUUUGACUAUAUGACUCCUCGCAGCGAUGGUAAUAGGGGUACAUGACGGCUAUUUGACUAUAUGACUCCUCGCAGCGAUGGUAAUAGGGGUACAUGACGGCUAUUUGACUAUAUGACUCCUCGCAGCGAUGGUAAUAGGGGUACAUGACGGCUAUUUGACAAGACCAUAAGGCUCUUCAACUUUUUUUUUAGCAAUGUACGAUUAACUUAAAUGACCUUUAUCUUUUUCCCGUAAAAGCACAUGGAUGUGUGUGAAACGGAUAAGCAAAAACUUUGCCAUAUAUGCAAAAACAUGCCUUGUGAAUUUUGUCUCGUUAGUAGCUAGUAGAAGCAUAGUCAAGGAUGCGUCAUGCAAUGUUGGGAUGUUAUACUUUACAGACCAAGUGGAACAAAAGUAAACCUUGAAUUUGGAGGCUUACAAUAUCCCUCUGGUGGCUUAGUUGACCUAUAUUAAGAAAUGCCAUUGCUUGGUGGAUGUAAAGUCUGAGAUCUUUGAUAGGCUGAUGUGGAAUUUGUUACAGGAAAUAAUCACUGCCAACUGAUCAGGUUAGCAUAGGGCUAAAUGUGCCAGGUUAUGCAAUGUGGAACAGCUAACGUAACAUUGUCACAUUCAACUAUGUCAUGAUUUGAAUUGGCUGAUGCACAUUUUCAGAGUUUAAACGCAAACUUUUUCUAAUGUUCGCAAGUAUGGACCCCCUCUAUUUAUCUAGUUUUGUACAGUAGUGGAGAUAAGUUUACAGUAGUAGAAGGUGCUGCUCUUCAAAUACUCAAAGGGUGGAGCCAAAGUAAAGAUGAUACUCCUCUGCAUAACAUAAGUAAAUUGUUCCUUUUGAUUUAAAAGAACUAGGUUUGACUUACAUGCCCAUGAAUGAGAUCUUUUUUUAAUUUUCCUUUUAAUCAAAAUCCUUUUUUAUUCAACUCGGAAAUCCUUUCUAUGACCAAUCACCCUAAAAGCGAGUUACAUCAUAGUUUAUUCAGAACUAUUUAGUGGACAGAUAUUAACAGGCAGGUAGUUUGUUUCACUAUAGCUUCUCAACUGUACCAAGUGUAGGUGUAUGUAUUUGUCAGGGGUUUCUGGGAGUUUUAAUGUUUUGUUUGAUUCAUAUUCAGUAGAACAUCAUACUUUUCUCUAUUGUGUUGUUUACCAUGCUAAGAGUAAGGCCUAGACUAGACAAUUAUUAAACUUUGACCUCCUCAAUUUCAUGAACCAAAAAGCAGACUUAGUUAACUCGUACACAAAGGGGGGAAGAAUGGUGCAAAAGUGAUAGUUAAGGAUGUUUCUGAUUUUACAAAUAUUUUUUGACCUACCACAUUAGGAUGCCUGUCAGUCUGAUCUGCACAUUCAUCCUAAUGGCAAUAUUAAGUGACAUUUUGUGGCGUUAUGUACACACGUUCAACAUAGCUGUGUAUGAUGUGUCUAUUCAAGUGCAAUGGGUGUUGCUACUCCAGUGUACAGGCAGUUGACUAGUUGUAGUCCUGGACAUUUUGAAAGCGGAAAAUCUAGUCAUAAGGCAGUAAAAGCAUAAAUAAAUGUCAUAGCACAGGUAGUCAGGGUCGUGUAGACUUCAGCAGUUUGAUUAAAGCCCUCAAUUGUUUAUUUUUAUUUAUAUAUAUAUAUUUUUUAGCUUUUUUUCUGCGGGGGAAGAGGGAGUUUUGUCAACAGAAUCCUUGUGUGUUUUAGAUCCGUGUAUGUAGUGUUGGGUGUUGUCUUUUUGUCUUGUGUUUUAUGGUUCGUACAUAAGAAAAAAACCAGUGGCAUGUCAAUCACUUCUUAUGGGCAGAAUGUAUACCGUUACUACACCCUCACACCCUCAAUAUUGUUUACAAGACAUCAAGUGUGUUUCGGUUUCGUCUCUCUCACCUUAACGGUUUGAGCCCUGCCUUGAUUUCUUUAUUUCAUCAUUUAUUGAACCACAAAGGCUUGAAAUUGUGAUGGCUAAUUACAGUGUCAAAUCCAACCUCGGUAUUCAAAGCUUGCAGAAAACAUCCAGAGCAAUAGUUUUAACCUUUUAAAAUUGGUAUUUUUCAUUAGCAUUUUUUUUUUAUAUAUAUACAUUUGGUUGAUAAAGACGACAUCCCCUGUGAUUUUUGUCCAGACGCUGGUGUCUCUUACACAUGUCCAAAUGUUCUUUCCAAGACACACCAGUGAAGAAUCCUUUCUAUUAGGAAAUGUAACAAACUGUCUCGUACCCAUCUCCCCCCUACAGUGAACCACUUGGCCAUGCCCUAGAUUACCCUGUGACCUCUCAUCAGUCUGCAACAAGUUACUUCUACUGUGUCCAUCUGAGUGUUCAUUUAAUAUUCAUUUUAACUGGACAUACUGCUAUUUUACACAAUAGAAUCACAAUUUCAAGCCUUUUUCUACUUUUCUUUUUCUCCUUUAUUGAACAAGACAGUAGCUGAUUCUUUAGAAUGGGAAAUGACUAAUAAAGCAUGGAGAACUACUCUUUAAAUGGUAACAAAUAACAUAUUUAUUAUCUUUCUGACACCUGUGGUAUGUUUCAGUUAAAGGUCUCCGCUGUGUAAAUUUUCCUCCUGUAAUGCGUUAGAGACAUUGUACAUAGUUGUAAAUAAAUAUCCCAGGACGUUUUGCACCCUCCUCUUUGUACUAGUCUAAACUUGCGUAGAAUGUGGGGUUCUAACAGCAACGAGACAGUGCGUUCGCUGCAGGUGAUGUAACAAUGUAACUUUUUUUAUUUGUACAAUGUAGUUGAAUUGUGUACAUAUUGUUGGAGCAGCUAUGGGGGAAGGGGUUUGUUGAUGCUAUCGUCAGUGCUGUAAAAGAUCCAGUACUUUCACCUCUAGCUGUGUUGAUUUCCUGCAAAAACAAAGGCGAGAAAAUAAAAAAUACUAAACGGAGAAGUAAAAAUUCUAAAUUGUUAUUUUCUACAGUUGCAUGUACAGAGAGCGCGAGAACUGCUGUUGUUCCUCAGAGAUUAUGUUCGUAAAUAAAAUUUUGAAAUAUU